CUAAAAAAAAAUAAAGCCUGCACCCGAAGCCUUUUUCCUUCUCUUCUCCUUCCACAUCGACCACCACUCCAACUCCUUUGGCAUCGGAGCCGCUGCCAUGACUGACGACGACGGGAUGGACGGAGCCUCCGCCUCCUCGUCCUCCGCCAAUGAAGCCCUCACCGAGUUCCGGUCGCUGGUGGAGGCCGCCGAGCGCAAGUUCGCUCGCGUCCGCGACCUGCCGUCUUCCGCGCGCGGGGCCCUACACAUACUCCACUUCCGCAAGGCCUUCAAGGCCUACACUCGGCUCUGGCACUUCCAGCAGCAGCGCCGCCUCGAGCUCGUUGCGGGAGGCCUCCGGCGCUGGGAGAUCGGCGACGUCGCCUCACGGAUCGGGCAGCUCUACUACGGACAGUACCAGCGGACCAGCGAGGUCCGCUUCCUAUUCGAGGCCUACGUCUUCUACGAGGCUAUCGUGAGCAGGGGAUACUUUGAGGCGGCGAGGGCGCCUGCGGCGGCGCCUGAUCUCAGGCUGAGGUACAAGGAGCUGAGGUUCCUGGUGCGGUUUCUCAUCGUCGCGCUGCUUCUGAACAGGAAUGGCGAGGUGAGGCAGCUCGCCGAUCGGUUUAAGGCUCUGGUAGAGGAGUCAAAGGCCACCUUCCCGGUGAUUAACUUUAAAGAAUGGAAGCAAGUGGCACAAGAAAUUUCCAGAUUUUUGAAAGCUGAUGCAUCUUCUAAAAUUUCAAGGCCUAUAAGAUACAAUGUUUUAUUUGAUGCUCACCCUACCUCUUUCCCAUGUAUAGCAAGAUUUCACUCUACAAGGGUGUUGAGACUGCAAGAUGCUAUCUUGACAAGCUAUCACCGGAAUGAGAUCAAGGUUGCAGAGCAUACACUCGACACUUUCAGGAUGCUGCAAUGCUUGGAAUGGGAACCCAGUGGAUCCUCCUACCAGCUUCUGACAAAGGAACCACGUGAAAAUGGUGCUUCCAGUGACCAAAGUGGUGCUUCAGGACUGAUUGAUAUAAACCUAGCUGCUGAUAUGAUGGAUCCGGAUCUGCCUCCAAAUCCCCAUAAAGCAGUUAUUUACCACCCUUCUGUCUCACAUUUGAUAGCGGUAACAGCUACAAUAUGUGAAGAUCUGAAUCCAGACAGCAUUUUGCUAAUCUAUCUUUCAGUUUCAGGAAAACAAGAUUCCAAUGCUAUUCAAAAAGAUAUCCGUGGAAAGUCAUCAAGCUUCUCAAAAGCCAACUAUGCUCCACAUGCUUCAUGGGAAAGGGACAGCUCAUUGUCUCAACCUGCUUCUUCUAAUAAGCCAAAUUCAAUUGCUAAUUUAGGACAAUAUUUAUGUUUAGGUUCUCAGGGGGCUGGAGGUUCAAACAAUCUUUAUCCUGAAGACUUGGUUCCAUUUACACGAAAGCCACUUUUUUUGGUCAUUGACAGUGACAGUAGCCAAGCAUUUAAGACUCUUCAUGGUGCUGAACGAGGAGAAGCAUCCAUCUUACUUCUUUCACAUGAGAAGCCACUAUCAGUAUCUGAUACUAAUUCAACGUUAAGAGGAAGCCAGUUUACCCACUUCCUAACUGCUCCAUUGCAAGCAUUUUGCCAGUUAGUUGGCCUUUCUCCAGAUAUUGAAGCUGAUUUAUAUAGUGGUGCUGAGAACCUACUUUCCUCUGCUCUAGCCGAAUGGGAAGUGGCACUCUGUACAUCUAAUUCCCUUGAUCAGGUUUGGGCUCAAGUAUUAACUGAUCCAUUUCUGCGGCGACUCAUUAUAAGACUUAAUCUUCAACGCUCUUGAAUCCGAGGAAUCCAACGAUGAAGGAGAUCCCUUGGUUGAUUUGGAUCGCGCCAAUUUUACACCCGAGCUUGCAAGAGAUUCCUUAUGUGCCAUUGAAAGAGGCAGGAACACAUUCAAUGCUGCAAAUUGGUACUCUUCCAAGAUAUCAGAGAGCUCAUGUUUUCAAUCAAAAUAGUGGAUAAGGCUCCAUAGAUUAACCAAAAAGAGAAUUGAAGAGAAGAAGAAGAAGAGAAGAGAACGUAACUUACAAUUAUCAGAAAAAGGCAACAUACUCUGAUCAGAGAUAAUUCAUUUUCAUAGAGGAAAAAAAUUUCAGGAGGAGACAAAUCAUUUCAAUUUCCUCUUUAUAUCUGAAAUUAAUAUUUUUUUCGCUUCCUCUUACAAUUCCUUUACAAUUCUGUCUAUCUAAAGAAAGUGUCAGGGACGGGACAAAGGAAGAACUUUGAAGGUGCAAAAAGUAUACGAAAGGAAUCAUCAAAAGUAGGAGAACCACCUGAAGAAAGGUAAGCAGAUGGAAGAGGUAAUAAAAGAGGAGUUAAGUUUCAGUUUACACCUCUGAUAAGAAGCAUUGAGAAAAAGACGAAAAAUUCCUUCAAAAGAGUUUUUGGAGGAUACGUAAGACUGCAAACUUAGGAAAGGAAUCAAAGGGAAACAAUUGUUUGUAAAUAGACUUGAAACUAGAUCGAUCCGUCAAAACCAGUGGAAAGAUACGAACUUUAGGGUUCCUGGACUUGGAAGAAAGCAUCUGGUCAUUCCGCUGGUUUCUCAAUCAUAGAAUCUCGAAGCAGUAACAGAAGCUUAGAAAGUGGAAUCUCGCCUCUUCUUAACGAAAGAAACCAAACACGGAAUCGAAGAAGAACCCGCGAAGAGCAACAGAAAUCGAAGGGAGUAUUUACCAUUUUGUAGUACAAAUCAUCGGAAAGUAAUCAAUCCGAUGCGAACUCUGCUAGGGUUCCUGAACUUGGAAGAAAGCAUACGGAACCCUCCGCCAGUUUCUCAAUCACCCAAUCUCGAAGCAACAACAACGACAACAGAACCAGAAAGCAGCGGAAAAGACGACGAACUCGUCGUCAGAAAAGUCCGGCGACUUUACGUCUUAUGGCAACUCG